CCGCGGCCGGCCGAACCGAUUGAGCCGACCACCAUGUAUUCGACGAAUACCGACAGGGAGCUUGACCAGAAUGCAUCAGCAGACUUGUGGACAUACACGGCCUCGAUAACAAAUCUCGGGAACGCGGCUCCGCAGCACCAAGUCGAGCUUUAAAUCCAGGGCCUCCUCGAUCCUCACCUCGAACAACAACCAAAUUUCAGAUCAAUCAUCGCUACCCAACAUGCCUUCCGCACCUCACAAAUCCCAAGUCCCCAUCGUCGACUUCGCCCCCUUCCUCAACGGCACGCCCUCCGACCGCAAAUCCACGGCAACCCAGAUCUACCAAGCCUUCAAAACCGUCGGCUUCGUCUAUCUCAUCAACCACGGCGUUCCCCAAGAAAAAGUCAACGAAUGCUUCGCUUGGUCCAAGAAAUUCUUCGACCUCCCCUCGGAGAUCAAGAAUCUCGCUCCGCAUCCGCCAAGUGGGAGGUAUCACAAGGGAUAUUCAAGUGUGGGGAAGGAGAAGGUCGUGCAGAUGGUUUAUGAUCCGGAGGCUGUGAAGGCGUUGAGGAAGGCGCCGGAUGUGAAGGAGAGUUUUGAGAGUGGGAGGCAGGAUGAUGAGCUUUAUCCGAAUAUCUGGGUGCCGGAGGAGCAUAUCCCGGGGUUCCGUGCGUUUAUGGAGGAGUAUUUCGCUACCUGCCGUGGUACCCAGUGCCAGAUACUCCGUGCCGUUGCUUUGGGAAUGGGCUUGGAUGAGACGUACUUCGACCCUUUCCACUCCGACAGGCAGAACCAGUUGCGCCUCUUGCACUACCCUCCUACUCCCGCCAAGGAACUCUUGAGCGGCGUGAAAGAGCGCAUCGCAGCCCACACCGACUUCGGAACCCUCACCAUGCUCUUCCAAGACGACGUCGGAGGCCUCGAAGUCGAAGAUAUCCACCAAAAAGGCGUAUUCCACCCCGCUCCCCCUGUCGAAGACGCCGUCGUCGUCAACAUCGGCGACUUCAUGCAGCGCUGGUCGAAUGACGAACUCAAGAGUACCAUGCACCGCGUCCGUGCUCCGCCGGCUGAUGACGAAACGAAGAUGACAAAGGCGAGGUAUUCCGUUCCGUAUUUUUCUACUGCGAAUCGGGAUGCGAUCAUUGAUUGUUUGCCGACGUGUUGGGGGGAGGAUAGGCCGAAGAAGUAUGCGCCGAUUACGAGUGGCGAUUAUAUUGGGAUGAGGUUGGAUGCGACGUAUUGAGGUGGUCUUUUCGUGUUUCUUUCUCUGUACACUUUCGUAGACAUAUCGUUAUGGCGCUUUACUUGUUGGUUGGAUACCCAGUUUCUUUUUCUCUUCUGUAUGAUGCCGUAACUACCUACAAUAUGUAUAACCGAUAUCAUUAUAACAUCUACGCCGUCC